AUGAAAACAACUGCUGGCAAAAACAACUCCAUGAACCCUCAUCAGUCAUCACCACCUCCGACCGCCUCUUCUACCUCCUUCAAUACAUCAACGCUCCUCUCUCCUUCUUCUGCUGCUUAUGAUGUUAUCAGAAAUGCAGAUAUGAAAAACCCAACAUCCAACACUGAUCCUCGCUCGUGGUUUAAACUUUCACAUAUAUGUGUUGCUGUAAUUACCACAUCUCGCUUCCACCUUCAUCAGAUUUAUGCCAUAUCUGUAUAG